GCCCACAGACAUUCUCAGUACUUCCCCUGGCGUUUCCAGUAUCUCAGAUAGAAGCAGCAGAAAAGGGUGACAAUAGAUUCAGUAAAUGACUUUACUUAACUAAACUUUAAUCCACGAGUGUCACAGUAUGCAGUCUUUUUCGUCGCUCUUUUGUUUUGUUUUUUAUUCAAUCCACAGUAAUACUAUCACGAGUUAGUUACUUCUGAGCACUGAACCGUACAGCAUAAGAGGCAGCUCACUUCCUGUAAUGUGACCUGUAUCGAAAUGGAACGUAUUCUGCUUGUUUUUGCUAUUUUUCUGGAGUGUUUGAGUCAACUGCAAGGCUCCAGUGCUGUGACUCCUGUGUGUUUGUUUGUGAAGGAGGGACAAGACUUACUGCUGAAUGUCACAAUCACUGAUAGUGAUGAGAAACCUUUUGUUUUUUGGAACUUCAAUCAGACUUCAUCUAUAGUCAGCUUUUAUCCUGGUGGAAACUCAGUGUCUCCACUUUACAAGGGAAGGAUUGAGUUUUCUGUGAACAGUUACUCAGUGAAAUUAAAGAAUGUCCAAAAGGCAGACAGUGGAGUUUAUUCUGUACGAGUGAAAGGGGCUACAGAAAAAAUACAAGCUGAAUACAACGUCAGCGUUCAAGGUCGAGUGUCUCCAGUGAACCUGAGUGUGGACUCUUUGUCCUGGAGUUCAGACUCCUGUAACUUCACUGUGACCUGCACUGCACGAGACUCUCACAUCAACAGCACUUUUAGAUGUGACAACCAAACCAAAACCUGCAGUCAGGAUGGAGGAAAGCAGUCAAAGCUCACGAGCUCUGGUGCUUCUCUCCACGUCCACCUGGAGAAUGAAUUAAUCACCUGUCACCAUAGUAACCAGGUCAGCUCGGCCAACGACAGCAAACCACCUGAACAUUUCUGCUACCAAAGUGAUGAUAUCACACAAGGAAGCAGCACAGGCACUGUUGUCAUCAUAAUUGUUGCUGUCAUCGUAGUACUUUUGAUCAUCUAUUUCAUACGUUAUCUAUGUAAACGUAAAAGAGAGGACACCCAAGGAGUAUAUGAUGUUCCUCAGGUUGACCCUGCAGUCCAACCUCUGCGUCAGAGCCAAACACAUGAUUCUUCAGGUAUUUCUCCGACCUCCACCUACUGCUUGGUGGGGCCUCACUCUGGAUCCUCUGGAAGUAGAGGCAAAUCACUACCAGAGAGCCUGUAUGAUCAGGCUUACUUAACGGGCCAGAACACAAAUGAUGCUUCGUGUACCUCUCCGACCUCCACCUACAGCUUGGUGGGGCCUCACUCUGGAGGCUCUGGGACUCAAGGCAAAUCAGGACCAGAAAGCCUGUAUGCUCAGGUAGGAAGGCCUGCCAGAUCCUGAGGACAGUCGUCGGGAAUCGUAUCCCACGGUUACCAGUUUGCAUUUGUGUUGAAGUGCUGCCCAAACUGGUGACUCGGCUUGUGGCUUGUAUGUUUUGUAUUUUGAGAACUAAUUCAGCAAAACAGCACAGGAAAAUUAAGAGACAACCCACAGAGAUAAGACAUCAUAAAGACAGGAACUGGUUGAAUCUUAAUCUGAGCCUGAGAAAGGGCACGGAGCCAGGAAUGAAGCCUCAGUGUUACCGCUUCACCUGUCCAAAAGUUUAAAUACAGAAGAACUGCGAUUGUUACAAGACUGAGCGGACGCUAACUGCAAUGACCGUCUGUAAAACGCAUCUCACAGCUGACUGAGCCACUUCGUCUGUCUGCCUGAUUUAUAAGCACUGAAUGAAUACGUACUUGCCUGUGUACGUAUUGGAAUUUAAGUAGUUCUGUAUUUUAAUGUAUGUCUUCCAUGUUUUAUGUUUCAUUGCUGUUUACUGUUGAAUUGCCUGGAAAUUUUUUUUGCUCCCUUUAUGACAAGGCCUGUCUUAACAAGCUUUGUUGGUGGUUCAAAUGAGUUAAAUAAAACAAAUAGACAAAUAAAAUAUUAAAUAGAAUAUCUGAAUAGAAUAUGAAUAGAAGCAUGGUUAAAUUAUUUCCCUUUAAGAGAUAAACAUACAGUAUUGUACUUCUAUCUAAAACUUGAAAUUUUCACUGAAAAUCUAAUUUAUUUAGAAAAUAACUAUACUAUAACAUAAUUUAACAAAGUAUAAGCAUGUAACUAUAACAUAAUGAUAAUAAACUUGUUCACUUUAAAGACUUUUCAGUAAAGUGUUAAGUCCAACUCCAUGAGAAAAGUGUCAUUAAAUAUUCAUAUUUUGUUGCA